CUCUGAAGUAAAUGCUCCUGUCAUACUUCUUUUCAUCGCACAUAGGGACGACGACGCAUUUCUUUGUUUACUAUGCUCCAAGUUAAUGCUUUAAUUUUGAAGGCACAGACGGACAGUUUCCGUUAUCACCCAUGGUAACGUUCGCUCUGACUCAGCUCGUACAGCCUCACGGCUAGCUACCAACAACCCGUUUCUAACAUCGUUCCAUGUUCAAUCUCAUGCUUUUGGGUCUUUGUCGUUUAUAGUCGUGUCGAUAAUCCAUAUUGUGUCGUUUCGAGCAAAGUUCCUCCCGCCUUCCGGUCAAACUUAUGAACUUGUUUCACAGUCUGGCUGUGGGAGCGAGUGAAGGCGGUCUCCUCGUCCAAGACUGUCUGCAGAAAUGAAGAGCCAACAGAAAAGCCCUGAACCAGAUGGGAGUGUUACCGUCAACGAGGAAGGGUCCGUAGCUACGGCAGAGGACCCGGCGGCCAUUGCAACCAUUCAGUCUGCUGCCACCUUCACCGACCAGCCCAUCAAGUAUCUCUUCAAGACAGAAGGAGCAGGUGGGCAGGUGACGUACCGAGUGAUCCAGGUGUCAGAUGGCCAGCUGGAGGGCCAGACAGACGGAGCCGCGGCGGUCAGCCUGGUCGCUGGGUUCCCUGCAACAACUCAAACUGUCACACAGGCUGUGUUCUCCCAGUCCGAGGGGUUGGAGGGAGACAGCAGCACAGAGACGCAGUACACCUACUACCCCGCCACCAUCGCAGACGCCACCACUGGCACCAUGGUGACCACAGUGCAGGCCUCUGAUACACUGCUGGGCCAGACCACACCCACAGGGCAGCUCUAUGUGAUGAUGUCACCCCAGGAAGUUCUGACGGGUUCCAAUCAAAGGACAAUCGCACCUCGCACUCAGCCAUACAUAGCAAAGCAAGAGGCUCCUCGCGCUUCCAGAGAUGAGAAACGGCGAGCGCAGCACAAUGAAGUUGAGCGCAGACGCAGGGACAAGAUCAACAACUGGAUUGUGCAGCUGUCAAAGGCCAUCCCAGACUGUAACAUCGACUACACCAAGACAGGACAGAGUAAAGGAGGAAUCUUGUCCAAAGCCUGCGAGUACAUCAAGGAACUCCGACAGAGCAACCUGAAGCUGGGAGAAGAUAUCAGCACUCUCGACCGUCUCAGGAUUGACAACCAGCUACUCAGACAAGAGGUGGAAGACUGGAAGUCCAAGAAUCAGAUCCUGAGGAACCUCCUGCGACAACAUGGCAUUGUGGGAUCAUCCAGCACAGAUCCGCAGUGA